AUGGAUGUGGAUGGAGAACCAUCAUUACAUACACGUAAACAACGACAAUGGCAUAAUAAGCAAAAAGAUAAACUCUAUUGUACUCAAUUAUCUUUGCCUCGUUUAUUGACUGAACAAAUUAAAGAAUCAAAUCAAUAUUUAUUCAAAAUUAAUGAAAAUUUUGACGAUGAUGUUGCUGUAACUGAUCCAGUUUUUAAUGAUAAUAUACUUUUUCAUGAUAUACUUAUGGAUGAUACAAAUGCUGAUGACGCAGCUGCUGGUGGUAGAUCAGAUGAUAAUACACAUGCUGAUCGUACAUUUGAUGAUAAUUAUAUACUCAAUGAUGAGUAUUAUAAUUAUGAAUUCAUACGAAAUUGGAAUACUUUUUUUUUUAUUAAUUCUGAACAUGAUGCUAUAAAAAAUUCUGAUGAAUGUAUUGUUACUGUUGAAUCAGCUCAUAUAAAUGGUAAAAAUUGUACAAUAUUAAUUGAUGCAGAUAUAUGUUUUGCAAGUCAUUUGUAUUGGAUUAAUCAUGAAAAUUGUUUAUUAUAUACCAUUGUAAAAUUUGAACUUGAAACAUCUAUACUUAUCAUUUGUUAA